CUUACAUACACACACACACUCACACACACACUUACACGCACGGUACAGGUCGCAAUGGAGGAAGAGUUAAAAUGUCCGGUGUGCGGUUCUCUGUUCAAGGAGCCAAUUUUGCUGCCUUGCUCCCACAACGUUUGUCUGGCGUGCGCGAAGAGCAUCAGCGUGCACACACCGGAUGGCGAGCCUCCGGUGCAGCAGAGCCGAGCCUCGGCCAGCUCGGACUACGACUACCUGCUAGACGUGGACAAGAUGAGCCUGUACAGCGAGACGGACAGCGGCUACGGCUCCUACACGCCGUGUCAGCUCAAGUCGCCCAACGGCGUCCGGGUGUUCCCCCCCUCCUCCGCCGCCGCUGCGCAGCGCCUCUGCUCGCUCACCUGCCCGCUGUGCCACCGCAGCGUCUCGUUGGACGAACGCGGUCUCCGCAGCUUGCCUCGAAACCGGCUCCUGGAAGCCAUCGUGGCGCGGUAUCAGCAGCACCGAGCUGCCUCCGCGGCCGCCUCCUCCUCCGGGGCGCCCAAGUGUCAGCUGUGUGACCGCAACCCGGUGGACGCCGCAGUCAUGUGCGAGCAAUGCGACGUAUUUUACUGCAACGCCUGCCAGCAGCGGUGCCAUCCGUCCCGCGGUCCGCUCGCCAAGCACCGCCUCGUAGCGCCGUCUGGAUCCCAGCAACAGCCGGGUCAGGCGGCCACCGGCCAGCCGCCGGCCACUCCUCGCAAGCCGGCGACGUGCGUGGAGCACGAGGCGGAAAACUUCGUCAUGUUCUGCUGCAGCUGCAGGGCUCCGGUGUGCACCAAGUGCAUGGAGGAGGGAAGGCACUCUAAACACGACAUCAAGCCGCUGGCCCUCAUGUGGAAGCAACACAAAUGUCAGCUCUCGCAGGCCCUUAAUGGCGUUUCGGACAAAGCCAAAGACGCCAAGGAGUUCCUGGUCCAGCUGAAGAACAUGCUGCAGCAGAUUCAGGAGAGCGGCGUGGAGUUCGAGGCUUGCCUGGUGGCUCAGUGCGACUCGCUGAUCGAGGCGCUGACGCGGCAGAAAGCAAAACUGCUCACCAAAGUCACCAAGGAGAAGGAGUACAAACUCAAGGUGGCGCGCGACCAGAUCACCCACUGCACCAUAAAGCUGCGCCAGACCACGGGCAUGAUGGAGUACUGUCUGGAGGUGCUGAAGGAGAACGACCCUAGUGGUUUCCUACAGAUCUCAGACGCCCUCAUCAAGCGGGUAACGUCGUCUCAGGACCAGUGGGUCAAAGGUAACUUGGAAGCCAAGGUUGGCCCCGAAUUCCACCUAACCCUAAACACAGACUCACUGCUCCAGACCAUCCUGCAGCUGGACUUCUGCCAAGGCAAAGGAAAACGUUUGGACACACCUGCAUUAAGAGUUACGGUGGACACCUCUAUGGGUAAAUAUAAGCUGAUGUUUAUCGUAACUGGGGCCUUUCAGAAGAUGCAAAUGCACUUUAGGGACUUGCAAGUAAUACAUAUUGAUACUCGUGUUUGCCAUUGCGACGUGGUAUUUCCAGAUGUGCAGGAGAGCCCCUUAUUGAAACAAAUGCAGCAGGCAGCAGCAGGCAAUGGUGAGGAUGACACCGUGACAGAAAGUCCAGGAGUGGAGACCGGACCCUCGGUGCCGCCAGCCCCCCUCCUGCAACUGGAAAAGUGCUGCAGCAGGAACAACAGUGCCACCCUUGCCUGGAGGGUAACUGCACCCCAAGCAAACCCAAUUGAGGGCUACAUACUGGAACUGGACGAUGGCAACGGGGGACAGUACAGGGAGGUUUACGUGGGGAAGGAGACAGUGUGCACGGUGGAUGGACUCCACUUCAACAGCUCCUACAACACCAGAGUGAAGGCCUACAACGCCGUUGGAGUGGGGCCGUACAGCAAGACCGUGGUGCUCAGGACGUCCGAUGUCGCUUGGUUCACCUUUGAUCCCACCUCAGCUCACCGGGACAUUGUGCUGUCCAACGAGAAUCAAACGGUGUCGUGUAACAGCUAUGAUGACCGCGUCGUGCUGGGGACCGCUGCCUUCUCCAAGGGCGUCCACUACUGGGAGGUUUGUAUCGACCGCUACGACAACCACCCGGAUCCCGCCUUUGGCAUCGCCAGGAUCAACACUGUGAAGGACAUGAUGCUGGGCAAAGACGACAAGGCCUGGGCCAUGUAUGUGGACAACAACCGCUCCUGGUUCAUGCACAACAACUCGCAUACAAAUAGGGCAGAGGGAGGCAUCACUAAGGGCUCAACCGUGGGCGUCCUUCUGGACCUCAUCAAGCACACGCUGACGUUCUUCGUCAACAAAGAACAACACGGACCGACCGCCUUCGAGAGCCUGGAAGGGGUCUUCAUGCCAGCUGUCAGCCUCAACCGAAACGUGCAGGUGACCUUAUCAACAGGUCUGGAGUUGCCGAAGAGCCGCAAACAAUAGGCAACUAAAGCCUCCUGUUUCCCUCACAUUUCCCCUCAGUGUGUCUGCUCCGUCAUUUGGGUGUCAGGGACUUCCUCAAAGAUAUUCAUGUUGAUUUAUCAUCAGAGUGACUAGCAGAACCACACAGGAAGACAGCAGACCCUCCUUUUGUCAAGAGUUAAGCGGCGACUCAGCCAUGAAAUAUUUAGUUUGGCUACAUAAAUGUCAUGUCCGCUGUCGUACGCCAAGCAAGCAGAAAGACGGUUUAGUUUGAGCUUGAUUCUGUUUUUUCAGUCACAAAGCAGCUGCUUGGCACAAACAUUUUUCCCAGGUUUUGUCGGUAGUGACCUUUGUUUACUUCACUCCAUAGCCGAUGUCUUUGAGAUAACUCCCGACUGACAGUUUAAGGGACAGUUUCAUCAUUUUGGAAGAACCUUGACGGUAAGUUUAACCUCGUUUAGCGCAAUGAUGAUGGAUGACUUGCAUAUUCAAUUCAAACUUUAUUUAUUGUUUGCCCCAGCCUGACUCACUAUCAAUUGUCCAUUAGCAAAACAAGGUAUUAUGAGGUACCACAGUCGUCCCUUGUUUAUCGCGGUUGAUCGGGACUGGACAUGACUGCAAUAAAUGGAGUUCCGCAAAGUCGGAUUAUUAUAAAUAUAUCUAAUAUUUUUAUAGUUUGAGCAUCAGAAACAUUUUAUGACCUUCGAAUUAUUUUUUUAACAUUAAUAGUGCCCUGUAAACAUUAUACAACACCCAUAUAGUAAACUAAUUUCAGCAGAUAUAGGAACUUUUACUCUACAUUACAGUAUUUACCGGUAGCCCGGAGGAUCCUCCAAGCUUCAUUGCUGAUAGUUGAUAGUCAUGCACUGACCGGAGUUCAAAAUGAAGUCCAUCAAAAGUUGUUCUGCAGAUUGUCGUGGUGAAGACACAAUAGUGUCAAGAUUAACCACCUAUUGUUGUGAGCAGUAUAACGCUUCACGGAACUUGGCAUAGUGAAAAUCUUCACAACAUCGCCGCAACAUAAAAAAUACAAAUCUGUGAUGUUGCGAGGAUUCGAACUGCAAAACAGCGAGGGACGACUGUACUUCCCGUCAGCCAGGUUUGAAAAGCUACAUAAAACGUAGUCUCUAGUUUGCUGCGAUGCUCCGCUUUCUUGCUGCCCUCAGUCUCCUCUGGAGUAUCAGUCUGUUGCCCUGCCCUAGUACAUAGAAUAUAUCAUCGUCCUCUGUUCUUAUAGUUUGCUAGUGUGGCUUGAUUGAUUGAUUGAUUGCGUAAAAUCGGCCUAAUUAUUUAAACAUUUACAUUUCAAAAGUAAAAUAAAAUAUAAUCAGCAAAUAAAUCUGUGUUUAAGAGAAGUAAGAAGGUUUGGCAUCUCAGUGAAUCUGAAAUGUCUUCACUGUGAGGGGGUAAAGAAAUAAAGCAAAGUAACUAUGCUUUUUGUUGUCUCGAGACAAAAAGUGAUAUUUUAUGCACAACGUGUAGGAGGAGAGUGAGCUUUUCUUUUAUAGCGCUCUCAUCUUUUAGUUUCUCCGCAGUAAUGCCUUUAACCAAUGGAAGUGGCAUCUACCAUGCUGCUACAAAAAAAUCACUGUGACCAACUUAGCCCAUCAUCAAGAUUCAUUUGGCCAUCAUCCAACAUGUUAACACAAAGUUGCCAUCUGAAAAAGGAAAUCCCAAUGACAACAGCUUUAACAGCGGUUAAUGUUGGAUGUUAUCACAGUGCACUAUAUAGUCUUACAAAACAGGAGGUGGUCUUGUGUGUUGAAUACAAUGUAAAUAGAUAAAAAAAAAAAAAAGAGAUGCGAUGCAGAGCAUGAAGCGGGCAUCAACUAGGUUUACAAAAACAUAUCUUUUCAAGCUGCAUUGUAAAUACUCUGCAUUAUUAUAUUGUCCAUUGCUCCCAACUGCUGUGAAAACCUGUUCUCUGCUGUCGGAGGGAGGAAUUACAACUCCUGCUCGCGUCAGGAUUCUAAAGAUGUGAAAGCCAUUAUAGUCUUACACAUACCAAUAUAUAUUUGCUUUUCAGCCAUCAUUUGCAGCAACAUUUUAAUCAAUCCUACUUAAUGCUGCGGAAGACAAAACAUAAAUAAUAUGGAGGUCAGUUAUUCUUACUUGAAUAUAUGUGUUAUGUUUUUUUAUUGGACAUACUUUCACUUUCUUACUAUUUCUAAAUCUUGUGUGAAUAGAAGAAACUGAAUGUAUAUUUGUAAAAACUAUGGGUAACAUUUUAGUAUAGGGAACAUAUUCACCAUCAAAUGGGGACGGCGUGGCGCAGUGGCAGAGUGGGCGUGCGCAACCCGAGGGUCCCUGGUUCAAUCCCCACCUAGUACCAACCUCGUCACGUCCGUUGUGUCCUGAGCAAGACACUUCACCCUUGCUCCUGAUGGGUGCUGGCUGGCGCCUUGCAUGGCAGCUCCCUCCAUCAGUGUGUGAAUGUGUGUGUGAAUGGGUAAAUGUGGAAGUGGUGUCAAAGCACUUUGAAGGUAGAAAAGCGCUAUACAAGUACAACUCAUUUAUCAUUUAUUUAUAAUUAGUUGCUUAUUAAAGUAACAACAACUUUUUUUUAGUUAUUUGGAUGCUGGGGGAACAUAUAAGGGUUAGGAGUAAGUAACAAUUCUGAGGUUAUUGAGGGAAGACUUUUAGUUAAUGGCUUACCAGUUGUAUAAUAAGACCAUGCAGAAACAGUACUUAAUAAUGACAAAUUAAGAGCCAAUAUGUUACUAAUUUGCAUGUUUUUAAGCAAUUAAUUAAUGGUGAAUAUGUGUUCCCCAUACUAAAGUGUUACCAAACUAUGAUAUAAUAGGCCUAAUAAAAAAGCCGCAAAGAUCAGUUUUGAGAGUAACUUCACAAAGAAAACAAACAGGUGGACAAAAGUAUUGAGACACAUGCACUUUUGCUUUUUGAGGGUAACAUGUGUCCAAAUAUUUGUGCCCAUGCAGUGUAUCAUUUGACGGACAGUGUGGGUUCCCUCCGGGUACUGCGGCGUCCUCCUACCUCCAUAGACAUGCACCUGGGGAUAGGUUGAUUGGUAACACUAAAUAGGCCCUAGUGUGUGAAUGUUGUCUGUCUAUUUGCGUUGGCCCUACGACGAGGUCGCAACUUGUCCAGGGUGUACCCCGCCUUCCGCUCAAGUGCAGCUGGGAUAGGCUCCAGCUCCCCGCUACCCAGAGAGGGACAAAUGGUAGGAAAACGAUGGAUGGAUGGGCUGAACAGUGUGCUCUCAGCCGCCAGAAACCACCACCAUUCAAGGGCUUACUGCAUAAUGUCUCAAAACAAGCUCCACCUCAAGAACAGCCCAGGAUGCGUUGAUUUCAGUUUUCACUGUGCGGCGUCCGUGCGGAUGUUAUAUAAUAACGUAGAGAGCCAUUGUCCAGCAUGUCCUUUGACCACACACCCGCCCGCCUGUGAAUGUCUUAAAACUUUACAUAUAUUUAUUAUUUACGUAAUGGUGCUUGGGGUGGGAAAAUGGUGCAUGUCACUGCUAUUUAACUUUAAAAGUACAUACCCCGUUUCCAUAUGAGUUGGGAAAUUGUGUUAGAUGUAAAUAUAAAU